GCCUGGAAACGGCCAGCGAACGCGGCUGUGUACAGGGCGCCCGUCGGCCCGGGCCCCUCAGCCUCGUCGAGCCGGUUUGCUAGACGUCGCCGCGGGCCGGGCAAACGAGCGCGUUCCCAAGCGGGCGCGGGGCGGGCGUCCCCGCCGCUUCUCGGAGCGAGCUGGCCGGUUGUCGCUGGCGCGGAGCGGAGCCGAGCUCGCUUCAGCACCCCAGCCCAGAGCGGCCGAAGGAGGGGACUGGAGCCCAGAGGGUCGGGUUGUUUGCAGUCCCGACUCGACUGAAUCCGACGCUUGCAGUCAGGUCCUGUCAGGUUGCCGGGCUCUAUAAGCUCAGGUAUUAUAUGCAAGGGGUGUGUCGUGAAGGAAGCAGGUGUUUGUUUUCACAUGACUUAACUACAAGCAAACCCUCUACUAUCUGCAGAUACUACCAGAAAGGACAGUGUGCCUAUGGAGCUCGCUGCAGAUAUGAUCACACCAGACCAUCUGGGUCUGGUGGUGCAGUGGGUACUGUGCCACCCAGCCUUUCUUCACCAUUGUUCAACAGCCCUAACCCUCUGCCAGAGCAUAACAUGCCUGUAAUCAAGAGCAAAACACAUGAGCCUGGAAAACGCAAAAAGAGAACAUUAGUGCUUAGGGAUAGAGAUUUAUGUGGUUUGAGUGAAGAACAGGUGAGACUCAGUACCGUGAGUGAUGCAGUGUGUUGCAGUGACAAAAAUGAUAACCUGGAAGUGAAGCCCCAUUCGUAUUUAGAAGCUAUUUGCAGUGGGCUCGAAGAAGAUUCAGUGGCUGGAAGUUCCUAUACUGAUGGACAGCAGCUAUGUCCCUAUGCAGCAGCUGGGGAAUGCCAGUUUGGUGACCAGUGUCUUUACCUCCAUGGAGAUGUGUGUGAAAUCUGUGAAUUGCAAGUACUUCAUCCCUUUGACCCAGAGCAGAGGAAGGCUCAUGAGAAGAUGUGCAUGGCAGCAUUUGAACACGAGAUGGAGAAGGCCUUUGCCUUUCAGGCAAGUCAGGACAAAGUAUGCAGUAUCUGCAUGGAAGUGGUGUAUGAGAAACCAUCAGCCUCAGAGAGAAGGUUCGGAAUCCUUUCCAAUUGCAAUCACACCUACUGUUUGUCCUGCAUCCGGCAGUGGAGGUGUGCCAAACAGUUUGAGAAUCUAAUCAUAAAAUCCUGCCCACAGUGCCGAGUGACAUCAGAGUUUGUAAUUCCUAGCGUAUACUGGGUAGAAGACCAAAACAAGAAAAAUAAGCUGAUUGAGGCAUUUAAGCAGGGAGUGGGGAAAAAGGCCUGCAAAUAUUUUGAACAAGGAAAGGGAACCUGCCCAUUUGGAGGAAAAUGCCUUUACCUUCAUGCUUACCCUGAUGGGACACGAGCUGAACCUGAGAAACCACGAAAACAGCUGAGUUCAGAGGGGACUGUGCGGUUCUUCAAUUCUGUUCGGCUUUGGGAUUUUAUUGAAGACAGAGAAAGUAGGACUAUGCCCCAUGCUGAAGAUGAAGUGACAGAGCUUGGAGAGCUUUUCAUGCACCUCUCUGGGGCAGAUCAAGAGUCUGCCACUCCCCAAUAAAGAGAACUAAGGAACAAAAGUUGUUUUCUUCUGUACGAGUCCAGCUACUUACUUGAAGGUUUUUAUAGCAAGCCGUGUAAAGUAGUGAGGUUCUUGUAGAACCUGUAUACAAACAAUAAUAAAGGAUAUUAAAUAAAAGUAUGGGGGAAGGAAGCUUUGGAGGUGAUUUUGUGCCCCUAAAACAGCAAGGGCCCAGUUCUUUAAUUGUUUGCUGUGUUAGGCCUAGGAGAUUGGAGAGGUAAUAUCUUGUCUCUCUGAAAGUGAAAUGUGCUAGUAGUAUAGCUAGAACAGAUAAAACCUAGUUAAAGUUAACCUAUAAUCUCAUUGUAAAGUGCAUCACAUUAGGAAGACAUAUACCUGGCUGAUUUACCCAAGACAUUAUUGCAAAAGCCCUAGUCAGAAAAAAAAAUGCAUAGAACUAACUAGAGGUGCCUGGUGAGAGAACACUUUAACCAGCCUUGUUCCCACCACCAUUUCUUGGGCAUUAUUUCUAUACGUGCACACCUUAUGAAAUGCCAUCAAAACAGUGCUUACUGCAGUAAGUUCAUCCAUGGACCGAUCUACACAGACUCAGGUUGAGCUGACAUGGUUGCAGGUGUGGCUAUACCUGCAUUGUAGUAGAAAUCCUGCAUUUUGCUGUUCAAAUUGGAUUUUGUGCAAACUGAAAAAAGAACCAUAGCAAUAAAUUAGGAUGAUGGGAAGUAUAAGCAGGGUAAUCUUUGACACUAAUUGAUGGCAACUAGUGUAGUGGAGAGUGAAAGGAGUGUUUCAAAACUGCAGCUAUAUGCAAGAAUGAUCAACAUUCUGAUCCAUCAUUUUUACUGAUUCUAGAAUGAAUUAGACUGGUCUGUAGUUCAAUAGAACAUGUUGCUUAAGGCCCUAGAAUUGCAAUGAUCACUGUCAAUUUAACUAUCUACUGGAUUUCACUUACAGAAGCAAAACUAAAUUUCUCUUAAAAUAAAAUAAUUUAUUUCAGAUGCAAUUUA